AUGUUUCCCGGAGCUUUGCUUCUGCUUCUUUUCAGCAACGAUAUAGCGUAUGCCCAGCGCUCAAAUCAAUUUUCACGCUGCGCCAUCAACGAACCUACUCCGGAACAAAGGGCCAGCGUCAAGGCGCUAGAGGACAUUGAAAAGAUGACAAGGAUCGAAACAUCUAGACAUAUCUGUGUCGAUACCUACAUCCACGUUGUAACCUCAAACGCAUCGGAAGCAAUUUCUCAACGACAGGUAGCUGCCCAGUUCAAGGUUCUGAACACAGCAUUCGCACCUCACAAUAUUUCAUUCGAUCUGAAAAACGUAACCUGCACUACCAACUCAAAAUGGGCUGGCGGCGACGAUGAAGUCGGGAUGAAGAGAGAGCUGCGUCAGGGCGACUACAGCACUCUCAAUCUUUACUUCGUCGAUACUGCGAGGCUUGGUAGCACAUCCGCUCUUGGUUACUGUACCUUUCCGUCAAACACCACAACUGGAUCCGACGUAUUCAUACGUGACGGCUGUGUAAUCGAGGCGCAGAGUGUUCCCGGUGGCGAUGCCGCACCGUAUAACUUAGGCGGCACUGCGAUCCAUGAAGUCGGGCAUUGGUUCAGUCUUUUUCACACGUUUGAGAAUGGAUGUGAAGCCCCAGGGGAUUCAGUCGCUGAUACGCCGGCGCAGGGAGAGCCGACAAGUGGUUGUCCUAAACGAAAGGACACUUGUCCCGAUAUCCCUGGUUACGAUCCAGUUCAUAACUACAUGGAUUACUCGUAUGACAUCUGUUAUGAAGAGUUUACCCCCGGCCAAAGACGCCGGAUGCACAACUCUUGGGCUACUUAUCGUCAGCGACAUGCGACAGGUUAUUCUGGUUGA